AUGGAUCUCUUAGACGAAUUGGAGGACCACGGCGGUCACCACCAGACAUACCUUGACACACAGGUGAUAAGUAACCAAGAUGGUUUUAAUGGCGAAGAAACGGCGGAAGGGCCAGAUAACGAGACACAGGAAUCGAUGUUAGGAAUGAACUUCAAUAUUGGAGGGAUCUCGAAGUCUUUAGGUGAUCAGGAGAGACCAGGUAUGCCAAAUAUGCCAGAUAUGAGCAUUCUCGAUAAAGUGAGACAGCGUUUGUAUGGGGGACCGGUAGAAAGUCUGGAGACCCAACGCGUGGAAGAUAACGCCACGACGAACUCAGAUGAAGAAAUAGAGAGUAUUGGAAGAAACGAGGCGGAUAUUGGAGAAGAUUUGACACAGAUUGUUACUGGAACAGAUUCUGGAUCUUCUGGGCCAAGCUCGACGCAAAAAGUACACAUAUUACCCCAGCUCUCGGUCGACGAUGCAGAAAUUGCUACUCAGCCGAUGCAGAUGGCCGAACCGGCAAAUACGGGAGGGCUAUUUGUAUCGGAAAUUGAAGAACCAAUACGUCCACAGGCUAUUUCAAAGGAAGAGCGCCUGUUGAAGAUUGCGCAACUUGCUGAAAGAAAGAGGCAAGAAAGAUUGGCUAAAGAAAAACAUCAGGAAGAAUUGGAGGUCGAUAUAACACACACUACUCUCACCGAUGAGGAGAAUGAUCUAAAUGAUCAUAAUGACUCGGUUGUCAUGUCCCAUGCUACAGAUAAGCAAAUGAAGGAGGCCGAUGAAUUUUUGAACAUAAAGAAGCGAGAGAAAAUCAUUCAACCUGAGUUCAAGAGGAAGGUGCUUUUUACAAAGGAUAGACUAUUAUCAGCGUUCGAUGAAGAAGGUUCAGAAGUAUCUGAUAUUGAUAACAAUUCUCAGGACACGGUGAUCAAAUCCAGCCCUGUCACUUCACCUUUAAAAGUCAUCCACAAAGCAGAUCCUUUAGCUAACAAUAACGACGAGGAAGAUGAAAACAUACUAAGUUUUCUGGAAGCCAUACACUCUCCAAAACGAAAAGCUAAACAACCACAAAAGAACCCAAUUGAGAUAUACGCUGAAAACUUGAAGCAGCAAUUGUUAUCAUCUCCAACGAAAAGCACUAAUAAUAAAGUUAUUAAUUUGGAUAGCGAUUUUGAAUCUGGUACUAAUUCUGAAUCAGAAAUUGAAACGCAACGUAUGGAAAUUCACGACGAGCUUAAGAAGAUCCCUCAGUUGUCAAAAGAAGACAAAUUGUCUAUUAAACAAAAGUUUUCGAAGAAAAAAAUGUCCGUAAAGACACCAGUAUUUGCAAGUUUACCUAGGCUGUUAAGGAAGAUAAUGUCAUUAGAAAAGAACCCGAAUUCUACUUCAUUCCUUGGUCAUUUACGAAAAGCUAAUAUUAAUCAGUUGGUCUCCAAUAAACAUAUGGACCCUGAUCAUGAAAUAUUAGAAGAAUUAGAAAAAGACGAAGAACUCAUGGGGACUUUGCUAGAAAGGGAAAUGGAAAAAGUCAGAAAUAUUAGAAGAAAGGAAAAGUUAAGGGAAAGGGCAGCGUUAGCUCUUGCUGGUAAAGGCAAUAUUGAAGGCAUUGCUGACACUGAAAACUAUGACCACGAAAAUGAUACCGAUGACGAAGUUCCUGACAGUGAUAUGGAUUCAGAUCAUUCUUCGAACUAUGAUUCAGUAGAUGAAAGCGAUAAAGAAGAGGAAGAAGAACAACAAGAAGAAGACGAAGACAAAAAGCAAAUUAAUUCGGAUAAUCUAUCUAAGGCUAAAAGAAGAGCAAGGAGAACGGUGGUAUCAGAAGAUGAAGAUGAUGGAGCCAAAAAUAUAGAUGAAGAAUCUCAAAGAAAGAGAAAUGAUGAUAGUUAUAUGUUCGGAGUUGUAGAUCAAAGAGAUAAUGAAGAUGAUUUAGGAGUAGAUAAUGAGGAUUUCAUUACCACCGUUAAUACUCAAAAAUUGAGGGCUGUAUUUGGAAGUGGGGCUUCUUUAACACAAGCAUUUGAAAAUGGUACACAGGUAUUGAACAAGAAAAGCAAUACCGAAAAUAUAUUUGACAAUUUAAGAAAAGAUGAAUCCGUGGUGGAACUGCAAAAUAUGCACGAGCAUGGACUGGAGGAUAUUAUCAAUGAAAAUUAUGAACUUUUUAAGAACUUGAAACCAAGGGAAGCAAUUGCAAAUACAGAAUCACAAAUAUCUGAAGAUAUCAAUAGAUCGAGUAUACUACAUACUGAAUUGCCAUCUUUUCAGGAUAUAAUCGAACCAGACAUACAAAAUACGCAACCUGAUUCAAUUUCAACACAAGUUGAUAAUCCCAGCCAAUUUGAUGCGUCUACUCAAAUUGAUAACGCUACUCAGAUUAUCCAUGGAAAUAUUGAGCCUGCCAAUAAAUCGCUUAUAGAAGCAUCUGGAGAUAAAGAAGAUGACGAUGAAAACAUAAAUCCAUCAGCCUUAAGAACAGGUCGUAAAUUGAUUCGUAAGAAUGUAACCUUAAAUAAUAUCAUGGAAGAUGAUGAACAGUCCGAAGACGAGAAGUCCCCGGAAUAUGUUCAGCAACAAAUUAAAUUAUAUGAAGAAAAGAUCAGAAGAAAGGAAUUGAAGUCUCGGAAGAAACAAAAAGAAUUAGAAAGAAUGGGUAUGAAAAACAUUGUUGAAGGUGAAGCUGAAGAAUCCGAAGAUGAAUGGCAUGGUCUUGGUGGUGUUGAUGGUGAUUUAUCUGAUGAUCAAGCUAAUUCGGAGGAUGAAAAAAUGAUUGACAAUGAUUUCAAUAUUGAUUUAAAGAAUGAUGACCUCAGACGAAAGUUUAUGGAAGAAUAUCAGAUUAAGGAUCAAAAAGAAUUAGAGAAAUUAUUAGAUGAUAUCAAGAACCACAGGUUAACCAAAAGGGUGAAUGGUAAUGGGUUUGACAUUGAAUUAAGUGAUGAAGAAGAUGAGCUUUUGACAGCCUAUAGAAAGCAAAAAUUAAAAGAACAAAGAGCAAGAUUAACGGAAAAUAAAAAGUUGAAUGCUCUUGCUAAAAAUGAAAAAUCGAAGGCGUUUUUUGAAUCUAUUCAGGAUUCUACUAUGAUCGUUACCCUUGAUGAUGAUGAUGAUGAACUGGUAGAAGAAUCACAGUCUCAAGCAGAUGCAAAGAAUCCAUUCAGAAGCUCAGACAAAGAAAACAAGAGUGACAAAGAAUCUGACGAAGAGGAAAUAGAGGAGGAGCCGAAGAAGAAAACAAUCCGAGUCGAAGAAUCUUUUGUACAAAAGCAAUUGUCAUUUUUGAUGAAGAGCGGAAAAGAUGAUUAUGAGUAUGAACAAAAAAUAUCUAACAGACAGCAUGGAUUUGAUUCUUCUGAUGAUGAAAUUGAUGAUUUACAAGCAUUGAAAAGUAAAAGUCUUAGUAAUUUACAUUCAGGAAAAAGAUCUGAAAGUCCAACAGGUAUAGAUGAGCAGCUGAAUAAAAGGACCCAUGAAGAUAGUGAUACAGAUGUCGAUGAGGAAUUCAUGCCUAACAUAAAGAAACCUUCAAUAAUUAAAUCUUUUAGAUUAUCAAGUAGCAAACAGGGCAUUCAGGUCAAAGAUGGCAAACAAUUUUCGGGUGUUACUAUUAGUAAACAAUAUAAAACUGCAUCAGGUUCUAAAGCAUCUAUUACAUAUUUAUCCAAAAAUAAGAAAAAUCCGAUUAAGAGUUUGAAAGAAAAACAAAUUGAAAGGAGUCUUAACAAUGCAAAGAAUAAUAAUACAAAAUUAUUCAAUAGUGGAGGCUUUGAGAGCUAA